AUGAGUGGUAACGAGGCACUUUCGUCAGCUCCACCGAGCUCGACAGGCGACGGUGCCCACGGGGGAGACUCCCUCAGCCACACUGCAAAGGAUUCCCCGAGCGGAGCGACCUUAAUAGGAGAAACGACAGAGCAGGGCGCCGCGAAACCCAAAUCAAGUAGGCCGUUCCCGAAUAGACCGAGCGAAAGUGAGCUGCAAAACUCCGUAGGCCUCAUGGUGCGAAAUAUUCCCUUUGGAACGAGACAGGAGGACUUACUCGAGCUCUUUCGCCCAUAUGGUGAUGUCAUAGACAUAUUCAUUCCCUGGGAUCGACAGCUUAGGCGGAUCCGCGGUUUCGCUUUCGUUCGGUUGCAAACGCUCGAACAAGCGGAGGCAGCGAUCGCGGCGUUAGACGGAUCCACCAUGCGUGAGCGCAUCAUUGCGGUGAAACGAGCCGAGUACGAGCGCGGUGAGGGCCCGGUCUCACAACACGCUGGGGCCAGUGACGGUCGAAGGGGACAAAGUAGACGCCCCAGGAGAAGUGACGGAAGAAGCACCCGUCGGCGUAGACCGAGGUCACGUAGUUUUGAAGGCGGGAAUACGUAA